AUGGCCGGCCGUAAGGCAGCAAAGUCUUUAAGACUAUUCCGGGGGUCAGAUUCAUCUGAUAACUUGCCAAAAAUGCACAAAGAAUCCAGGAUCGCCUCCUCUUUUGACGGCGAUCCUCGUACAGACAGGAGUGAACCUCAAAGCUCCACUCGCCACAAUUCAUUCACCAUCACAUCAGUGGACCUGGAGCGACACACAUUGCAUCCUUCCUUAUACCCUAGCAUGCCUCCUUUGGAGCCCGUGUCGUCGGCAACGUAUAUCCCUCACACACCUGUGGAUUCGCAAUACAGGGCUGUUCCCGAACAUCUUACUGCCGCCGCUGAGUUUGACCAUGAAGUGGACAACCCAGAAGUUUUGAGCGAGAUUGAAGAAAUUGAGGAGGCAAUUGAGAAGGAAAACCGCGAUGUGCAUAGUGCGGAUACCUCAAGAUCAGCAUCGCCAUUUUCCGACUCGGCAGAGUACACACAGAAUAAAUUCGAGCAAUUUUCAGGGAGAAAAUUUCCCUUAGCAGUGGAAUUGCAGCCUUUCAAGAACAAAGUGGGAGGCCAUACGGCAAUUUUCAAGUUCAGCCAUCGAGCUGUUUGCAAAGCGUUGGUCAACCGGGAAAAUACCUGGUACGAAAACAUCGAACUUGCACAUCCUGAACUGCUGAAAUUCAUGCCUCGUUAUAUUGGGGUCUUGAAUGUGCGAUACAGCAGUUUAGCAGAUGACGCUUAUGAGCCCGCAUCUUAUGAUAACGAUCAUUCAUUGGAGACCAGUCACAAAGGAGACGAACUUCCUCCUGAAGUGGUUCUUGAUGACAACAAACACAUUUUUCCAGAGUCGCUUUGGAACCAUUACUCCACCAGCUCACCACUUCAGGAUGAUUCCAGGUCUCAUUCUCUGAGCGACUCUGACAGCUUUUUGUCUUCUCCGCAGACUCGAGACGGUAAAGAAUCGCAUGAUGUUUGGGGAGCUACUAAAGUCAACACAAAACUGCAAGAAUUGGUGUUGACAGAGGUGUUCGCACCCAUCAAGGAGUACGCAAGAAGAGCACAAAGCAAGACCAUUCACACCGGAUACCACAAAAACUGUGGUUUCAUAGGGGCUCGUGUCAUAAGAUCUCAUAGACAUUCCACCAGCGGGACGGGAAGCUCAUUCAAGAAAGGACUUCCUACACCAUUUGAGGAAGGUUUUUCCAGUGCCCAAACCUCUCCGCAGCUGACGGCUAGGAAGGAUCAUUUAGGUGGACACUCGAAUUCCUUGCUUGAUCUCAAAAAGCUAUCGUAUGCCGAUGGAUGUAAUUUCCCAGAUAGAGAGACACUAAUAAACAAAAUCAAGACUCUGCCGCACAAGGAUGAUGGAGGAGGAAUAUUUGAUAUGGACAAAGACACAACAAGCGAGCAUGCUAUCAUUGAUGAUGAGGAAGAUACUGUGUCAUCUCCACCGUUAUUGAAUUCACCUUCUCUCUCCUCCAAACGCAAACACACUCGGCUGGAACGUUUCAUUCUUCUCGAAGAUUUGACGUCUGGUAUGAAACAUCCAUGCGUUUUGGACUUGAAGAUGGGAACUCGUCAGUACGGUGUAGAGGCUACAGAAAAGAAACGGUAUUCGCAGCGGAGAAAAUGUCAGCAGACAACUUCUCGUCGUCUAGGAACCAGAAUUUGCGGAAUGCAAGUUUGGGAUCUAAAACGGAACUGUUUUAUCAACAGGGAUAAAUAUUUUGGACGCAAACUCAACGUCGGAUAUGAAUUUGUGAGAUCGCUUGCUAGGUUCCUCUACGAUGGCCUCUCUAUUUUCUCGGUGGUGAAGCAUUUGCCAAAUCUGAUUGAGAAUUUGAAUGAGCUGCAAAAGAUUUUCAAGGAGCUACCUGGCUACAGGCUUUAUGGUUCAUCGAUCCUGUUAAUGUAUGAUUCUGAUGCUGACCAUGCUAAAUCGCAGUCGACAUUGAUUGUUCGUCUUAUUGAUUUCGCGCAAUGUGUCAUUGCAAACGAACCUCUUCCUCCAAACACCACUUAUCCUCCAGCGCAUAUUGACUCUCCGGAUCUGGGAUAUUUGAAAGGUCUUCAGUCUUUGAUAUUUUACUUCAAAUUAAUGUUCCAGGAGUUUACGGGACUACAGUAUACUAACUACGACGAGUCUCUUGUGGUCAUGAAAAAGCUCCAGUCUUCCGUUCUUUCCCGCGGUUGCGAGUGGCUCGACAACUUCGAAAAGGACCAACCGUGUCCAUUUGAUUUUGGCCAAGUUCCGCAAUACUCUGGUUCCAUCUUUGACAAUGCAUCGGAAUAA